CUGUGACGGCGCCGACGGAGGUCGGAGGAGCGCCGCGCCGGUGCCGACGGAGCGCCGCAGUGACCGUCGGCGGCGGGCCAAGAGUUCUGAGCGGCGAGGAGAGGCCUCAUCACGCUGCGCUCCGCGGUGGCCGCGCGCUGGCUCCUGUGACGUCACUGGUUUGCGACCGCUGACGUCACUGGUCCGGCGGUGACGUCAUGUCCAGCCGGAUGGGGAACCGGCCCACCAGCUCUGAGAAGGCGGCGCUGCCCCGGCUGCCGACCGCCGCCGGCACUCACCACCGACCGGAAGGAAGCAAUAUAAUGUCGGACAAUGAGCUGAAAGAGCUGAAGAUGGUGUUCCGUCUGACGGACCGCAACAAGGACGGCAACAUCACGGCCGAGGAGCUGAAGCGCAUGCUGCUCGAUAAGCUGGACAUCCAGGUGGACGACUCGCUCAUCGGAGAGCUGAUGACGUCAGCAGGUGAAAACGAUGGAGGACUCAUCAGCGAGGGUCAGUUCAUCUCCUGGUUCCUCAAGAUGCAGAGCCUCUCCGCCGACAAGGCGCCCGACCAUGUGACCAGCGACUUGUUCUCGGCAUUUCGACUGUUUGACAGGGACGGCAACGGCUACAUCACACUGGACGAGUUGAGGAGAGCCAUGGACCUCAUCGAGGAGCGAAUGACAGAGGCAGAGCUGAACGCCCUCAUACAGAUGGCGGACGCAGACAAAGACGGCAGAAUCAACUACGAAGAGUUCCUGCGGAUGCUGAUCUGAGGCCGCUGGACAUGGUGUCCCGCCCACCGCACCAUAGGUCAUCGUGAGGUCGCUGGUCGUCAGUCGACCAAGCCAGGUCAUCGUAACUGAUCUGAGGUCGCCAGUCGACCCAGCCGCGCCCAGCUGAGGUCACUAUGAGGUUGGGUCAGCGCUGACGGGGGACGGAGAAGUCCUCUUGCCGAGCUGGCCGGAGCACCCAGUUCCCAGUGUUUCUCGCGCGGUGACAAACCGUCCCUGGCGGACUGCCCGGAAAGUGUAACUGUUGUUUGUGUUGCUAGGUGGCAGUGGCGCCGCGCCUCCACCGGGAGCGCAGCUAGUGGCUUAGUCGCUGCAUUGUCGAACAAACGCGAUGUCUUUCUAGAGGCGUGUUGUGUCCAGGGUCUGCCGGGCGAGGCGUAGCGUAGUGCUCCAUGUCUACCGCGGGUCGAUCAUGGCGCGUCUCCACGGCGACUGUCCGUGUCCCGACUGUGCAGUAGAUAGGAAGGUAAACUGUAAACGAAACGUGUGAACCAGGCGCAUACAGAGCAGGGCGAGCUACUGCACCGUCCUCGAGCCGGUAAUUUACGCCAUUAUUUUUCGACUGCAGAACUUUGACAAGUCGGCUGAAUAUGUAGAUUUACUGUUUCACUUUACCAACAUACAUCUCGCAAUGAAAAACUCUGCCCUCGUAUAUCAAUAUGUGGA